GCGCCAGCGACUAAAAAGAGAAUUAAAUAUGGGUGAUGUCCAGAAAGGCAAGAAGAUUUUUAUUAUGAAGUGUUCCCAGUGCCACACUGUUGAAAAGGGAGGCAAGCACAAGAUUGGGCCAAAUCUCCAUGGUCUCUUCGGGUGGAAGACAGUUCAGGCCCCUGGAUACUCUUACACAGCCUCCAAUAAGAACAAAUGCAUCAUCUGGGUAGAGGAUACACUGAUGGAGUAUUUGGAGAAUGCCAAGAAGUACAUUCCUGGAACAAAAAUGAUCUUUGUCAGCAUUAAGAAGAAGGAAGAAAGGGCAGACUUGAGAGCUUAUCUCAAAAAAGCUACUAAUGAGUAAUAAUUGGCCACUGCCUUAUUUAUUACAAGACAGAAAUGUCUCAUGACUUUUUUAUGUGUACCAUCCUUUAAUAGAUCUCAUACACCAGAAUUCAGAUCA